UUAUUUUAUGGCUGAAGCAGGAUCAUAAUUUUUUCAUUCAACCCAGUCAACAUUCAACAUUCUAGUUUCUACCAUUAUUGGUGGAAUUGGAUUCAGGAAAACAAACAGUCGUCACAAUUUCUGAUUUGCAGUGACGACUUGGAUGAUCGUCGAGCGUAAAUCAGAAUUAUUAGUACUUUGCUGGUGAAUCGUGUUUUUGUUAUCGCAUCGCCUGGAUAUGUACAAACAGCGUAAUGCAACCACUUUUAUGGAAAGUUGAUUAUUAAAUUGCUGCACUUUUCGAAUGUGGUGAAUGGCAAAUGUACAUUACUUAUUGAAAUGAAUGUGGAAAGAGGCGUGGACUAAGCUAUAUUGUUUUGUUGAACAAAAGUUCAUUGCGCAGUCAUUCCACAUUAGUAUUUAAUAGUGAAAAGAAAUCAAGUAUCUCAUUUCGCAACUCGCUGUACUCUCUGGCAAAACUCGUUCUGCACUUGUUUAAGUCUGGACAUAAAUCAAGAAUAAACCAAGAAUUCUGUCCGGUGGCCCAGCAAGGAAAUAAAUUGUGUCCAAGCAGGGUGCCGAUAAUAAGAACGUGGACGAUGGGGGUUGCAAAAACUCUGUACCUACUUACUGCAUUACUUGCAACAUUGUGGCAUCCCACUGCAUGCACCACACCCAAGUUAGCAGGGAAGGCGACGGACGACGAAGCAAGACAAUAUCUUGAAGAAGUACUAGAAUCCAGGUACUCAGGGGCAUGCAAUACCCAAAUAACGACGCGAUGGGCUUAUAUAACCAACGUCACGACAGAAACUGCAGAAGCUUCGACGGCUGCAGACACGGCAUUUUUAGAAUUCCAGGCUAGUAUUCAGGCAGAAAUUUUGGCGAAUUUCUCAAACUGGAGAGAGUUCAAUGACUCUCAAGUUCGACGUGAAUUCCAAUAUUUGUCGAUAAAAGGACCUGCGCGAAUGCCCCCCACAGAUGUUUCAAAUAUGAAUAAAUUGCAAAGCAGUAUGGAAACUGCAUAUGCAACCGCUGCUGUUUGUGAUUUCCGAAAUUCUAGUAAAUGCGACUUGCGCCUAGACCCAGAAAUUGAAGAAAAAUUGCGCACAGCCACGGAUUGGGACGAAUUGGCAUAUUAUUGGACUGAAUGGCACAAUGCUAUGAGCAAUGCCGUCAGACCUGCCAAUUACACGCUUUUUAUCAGAUGGCAAAAUGAAAUGGCAAGGGCAAACGGUUUUAACGAUAUGAGCCAAAUGUGGCUGACCGGAUAUGACGAUGAGUCCCCUGACUUUGAUGCUGUUAUAUUCAAGAGACAGAUGCUUGACAUUUGGGAAGAGCUUCGUCCGUACUACAACAUUUUACACGCUUAUGUACGAAUGAAGCUUCGGCGACUUCCAGAAUACCAAGACCGUAUCACCAAGUAUGGCUAUUUGCCAGCUCACAUUUUAGGAAAUAUGUGGGGACAGGACUGGGCGCAUUUGGAUAAUAAAACGAAGCCAUUCCCUAAUGCCCCCUCUCUCGACGCCACCGACGCCAUGAUCAGAGCCAAUUACACUACCCUAAAAAUGUUUCAAGAAUCCGACAAGUUUUUCACAGAUUUAGGACUCUUGCCAAUGACGCCAGCCUUUUGGAAUAACUCGAUGCUCGAAAGGCCUUCUGAUGGACGAGAAGUGGUUUGUCACGCUUCAGCCGAGGACAUGUGUCUAGGCAAAGGAAGCACUGACUUCAGAAUCAAACAGUGCACGAAGGUGACGAUGGACGACCUUGUUACCGUUCACCAUGAAAUGGGUCACAUUGAAUAUUUUUUGCAAUAUACUGAUGAGCAUUAUAUUUUCCGCGACGGAGCAAAUCCAGGAUUUCAUGAGGCAAUCGGUGAUGCAUUAGCUCUUGCGGUGGUCACACCAAAGCACCUUCAGUGCGUUCUAAACCUCGACCUCGGCUUGGAUAUUGACUGCAGUAAUACGACCGUGUAUCAGGCUGAUACAGUUACAGAAACUGACUACAACUUUCUUUUCAUUACUGCCCUGCAAAAGUUUGUCUUUUUCCCAUUCGCAAUUUCAAUGGAUAGUUGGAGAUGGGAAGUAUUUGAGGGCAAAAUGUCCGAAUAUAACUACAAUACACGAUGGUGGGAACUUCGCCAAAAAAAUCAAGGGAUUGAACCCCCUUUCCCGAGAAACGCUAGCGACUUUGAUGCCACUGCAAAAUAUCACAUCGUGGCUAACGUUCCCUACAUCAGAUACUUUGUGAGCCAUAUUCUUCAGUUCCAAUUCUAUGAAGCAAUGUGCAAGGCGGCCGGAGAGUUUGACCCAGACAACAAUUCUUCAAAACCUUUGUACCAAUGCGACUUUUCGGGGAGCAGGGAUGCAGGAACUCUCCUCGGGAAUAUGAUGAAACUUGGUUUUACACGAGGCUGGCCCACUGCACUGGAAGCAAUAACUGGAAGUCGCAACAUGUCCAUUGCGCCAUUGCUUAACUAUUUCAAACCAAUUUUCGACCUUAUGCAGAAGGAUCUCGUCGACAAUGGAGAAGAGCCAUGUUUUGGACCAUCUUGUGAAGAAGUUGCCAAGAAAUAUUUGUCCGAAAAGCUGGAAAAGGAGGCUUCCGCCCUUCACACAAAGUCUGCCCAUGCAGAAUGGGCAUAUUCCACCAAUUUGACAAACGAUGAAGCGAAAAAGGAAGUAGAGAAAGUAAAUUUAGAGUAUUCAAGCUACGAAAAGAAAGAAUGGAAGGAGUACAUCAGCCAAUUUAAAUAUGAGACGUUCAACGAUUCAGCCAUACGACGACAAUUUAAAUUCUUAAAUGACAUUGGAAUUUCUGCAUUGAAUGAAUCUGAUGUGGUUGAGUUUAACACAGUCUCGUCGGAAAUGAAAAAGAUCUACGGAACUGGCAAAAUCUGCCCAUUUUCUAUGCAAGAGUGUAAUAUAACUACCAAUGGUCUCUCCCUAAAUCCAGAUUUGGAGGAAAUCCUUGCCAAGGUCAAGGAUUAUGACGAGAUGGCCUAUGUCUGGAAGAGUUGGCGAGAUGCGACAGGUGCCAAAAUUCGCCCGUUGUACUACAAAUAUAUCGAUCUUCAAAAUAAAGCUGCCAAAGCCAACGGAUAUGACAAUGCUGGAGAAUAUUGGAUUCGAAAGUACGAGUCCCCGGACUUUAGAAAGGAUUUGGAAGAGCUUUGGCAAGACGUGAAACCAUUAUAUGCAGAAUUGCAUGCAUAUGUAAGGCACAAAUUGGUCAAGGAAUUCCCAGGCAAAGUAAAACCCGAUGAACCUAUCCCUGCUCAUGUAUUAGGAAAUCAAUGGUCACAAUCGUUUGAUAAUCUAUACCAUUUUGUCGUCCCCUAUCCAAAUGCUACAUCCUUUGACAUUACCGAAGUUUUGAAGCAGAAAUUUACCCCGGAUGUGGUUGGAGUUCGUGGAAUAUUCGAAGUGGCCAACGAUUUUUUCCUCAGCCUAGGUCUACCCGACAUGAAAAUGGCCUACGGAGAUAAGGCAUUGAUUGUGAAACCAAAGGAUCGCGAAGUUGUCUGUCACGCGUCGGCUUGGGAUUUCAGCGAUGGAAAAGACUUUCGAAUUAAGAUGUGCACCAACGUUGAUCAAAAAGAUUUUAUUACUAUCCAUCAUGAGCUCGGACAUAUAAAUUAUUACCUUAAUUAUAAACACCAACCAUUAACCUUUCGUACAGGAGCUAACCCAGGAUUUCACGAGGCUAUAGGAGAUGUCGUUGCUUUAUCAGUGAGCACGCCCAAACACAUGAGCACUAUUGGUUAUCUUAAUUUUAGCGAAUCGUCUCAUGAAUCUACAAUCAAUUACCUCACUCAAAUCGGUCUUGAAAAGAUUGCAUUUCUUCCAUUUGGAUAUUUGAUUGACAACUACCGUUGGAAAGUAUUUGAUGGUACGAUUCCCAAGGAUAAGCUAGAAUAUCACUGGUUGAAAAUGAGAAAUGAAUACCAAGGAAUUACACCUCCAUUUAAUCGGAGCGAAAUGGAUUUCGACCCUGGAGCAAAGUAUCACGUGCCUGGUGGGACGCCGUACAUCCGCUAUUUUGUCAGUUUCAUUCUACAAUUCCAAAUUCACAAGACCUUAUGCGUUGAAGCAGGUCAGUAUCCUCAAGGACCGCUGCAUAAUUGCGACAUUUAUAAAAAUGCUGCAGCAGGAACCAAAUUCAGGAAAUUGAUGGAAGCUGGUUUCUCCAAAAAUUGGCAAGACCUCUUGUUUGAGGUCACAGGAACCAACAAGUUGGAUGCAUCGGCAAUUAAAGAGUAUUUUAAGCCGUUGACAGAUUUUCUGACAGAGUUACGAACCAGAGAAGGAUAUCCAAUUGGGUGGUCGAAUACAGAAUUUGAAAAAUUUUACACACCAAGUUAAAUUAUGUCGUUGAUGAAUAUUUAUUUCGUAGUAUUAGUCACCUUUCUCAAAAACAUUUGAACUUAAUGUAUCUAUUUAAAGCUAUGAGAAAACUUAAUUAAUUAGUGAACAAGGUUUAUGGAAUUAUUUAAAGCCGUAAAGCAAAUAAAAAUAAAAUCUUGGAAAAGUUA